GUGCUCUUGAUAAUGAUAUUUUUAAAAUUACGUUGAGUGCAAUCUAAAAAUAGGUUGCCUAUCAGGAGUAUAGAAUAGUAUAGAUAGUAUUGCUCUAAAUGUUUGGUCAAGUGGAUACCUCUGAUUAAUUAAAUAACUCUAGUGAUAUAGAAAAAACAGAAAAUGAGAGAGCAAGUAGGUCACUGUGACAUCUGAUCAAGAACAUUUUCAUCUUUUGAAAGAUUACGAACACAUUGGAAUAAAAAGCACACAGAAGUGCAAGCUAUAAGCUUUUGUUUUUGUGAUUUUAUAGUUGCAGAGGAGCCAUUGUUUGCUACACAUAAAAAGGAAUUUCAUCCAAAGGAUAGGAUGGCGUGUGAGUUUUGUGCAUAUACCACAGGAAAAUGGAGUAAGCUGAAAAAACAUCACAUAAAAGUUCAUGUGGCUCUUUCAAAAGAAAACAUUGUUUCUGAUUUACUAAAGGACAAUUUCAGAGAGGAAACCUUGAUAUCUUCAUGUAAAUACCCACCAGAUUACAGAUCCACUUCUUCAAAUUGUGGAAAUUUUGAAGUCAAGUGCUCAAUACAGAAGGAGAAAGAAAAUGUAUCAUUAACUAAUGAAAAGAUAGCUGAGUUGUACCCAAUAUGUUCAAAACAUGUGAAAAGUUGCAGAUAAAUCAUGAAAAUAAAACAACUGGACCUCAAAAGUUACAGACUUUAACUGGGCAAAAAUGUGAAUGUGCUCUGGAGAAUUGUACAACUUGUCAACUAUACCAUAAAGAUAAACAGAGAGGCAGUGAUCCUCCAACUGAGAUUUCUGUGUGUGACAUUUGCCAAAAAAGUUUUAAAUCCUUAUCUCAUUUGGCUUCUCAUAAAAUUGUACACACUCCAUUGAAAUGUUACAUAUGUUGCCACUGUGAUAAAAGUUUUAACAUUGGAGAUGAAUAUGAUCUACACUUAGCAACACAUUUUAGGUAUAAGCCAUUUAAAGGUGAAAUUUGUGAAAAAUGUUAUGCAGAUAAACAAUACCUAAAAGCUCACAAUAGAUUGCAUAAUGGAGAAUCAAUUCACAAAUGUGAGAAAUGCAAUUACACUACGCCUCAUCUGUCUCGGCUAAAAGAACAUCAAAAGAUUCAUCUAAACCUUCAACUAGUUGAUGGUGUUGAAAAUGUACAAACUUGUGAUAUUUGCCAAAAAAGCUUUGUUUCUAUAGCUCACCAUUUGUCCCAUCAACUGAUACAUACACCUUUGAGGCUUUACAUAUGUAGUCAUUGUGACAGAGGCUUUAACUUACCAGAUGAAUAUGACCUGCACCUUGUAAAGAGACAUUUCAGGUACAGACCUUUCAGAUGUUCAUUGUGUGAGAAAACUUUUAGCAGGAACAAAAAUUUAACAAUUCAUACGAACAUACACACUAGGAAUUUACUGUAUAUGUGUUCAAAUUUUGACUACACAACAAACGAUAAAAGUCCUUUCUUAGAACAUUGGAGAGUUCACAUAAACAGUAAGCCUUUCACAUGCAAUUCUUGUGACUAUUCAGCUGCUUCUAGAGGUACUCUACAAAGACACUUGAGGACUCACUCUGGUGAGAAGCCAUUUUAUUGCAGCCUAUGUGACAAACGAUUCAGUCAACGUGUACAUUUAAUCUCACACAAACGGCAUAUUCAUCUAGUUUAACCAUACUACUGAAGACACACUACGAACAGUGUUAUCAUGUGUAGUUAAUCAAGGUAUGUUGGUGUGAAAGAUAUAAUGAUGACAUAAUGAGGAAAAAUAGUGACGUUUUGUGUAGAAACUGGUUGCUGUGUAUUGUGUGAGUUAAUCUUAGUCUUGGUGAAAGGGUGUAUAUGACCAGUGUGACUCAGUCAGUAGAGUGAAUCGUGAGACGUUCAU